GUCGCUACCUCAGCGGCGCUUAGUCGGCCGCCGGCCGCCUGGGCUCACUCGGGGGGCAGUGUCCUUGCCGCAGCCGCCGGCCAUGUACCACAGCAGCACGCAGCGGCGGCGCUGGACCUUCCGCGGCGAAGAGGAGCUGGUCCGGCGCCGGGCCGACGCCAACCGCAAGUUCCGGUGCAAAGCGGUGGCCAAUAGGAAGGUUCAACAGACCGACCCGUUUCUUCUUGAGCCGCAUGAAGAGUUGAUCAUUUGUAAAUACUACGAAAAAAGGUUAUUGGAUUUCUGCUCUGUUUUCAAGCCAGCGAUGCCUAGAUCUGUGGUGGGAUCAGCUUGCAUGUACUUCAAGCGUUUUUACCUCAAUAACUCAGUGAUGGAGUAUCAUCCUCGGGUUAUUAUGUUAACAUGUGCGUUUUUGGCGUGUAAAGUCGACGAAUUUAACGUGUCCAGUACACAGUUUGUGGGCAACCUUCGUGAAAGUGCAGUAGGACAGGAAAAGGCCCUGGAACAGAUCUUGGAAUAUGAGCUGCUACUUAUACAGCAACUGAACUUCCACCUCAUAGUGCAUAACCCUUACAGACCAUUUGAAGGCUUCUUGAUUGAUCUAAAGACUCGUUACCCGUUGCUUGAGAAUCCUGAGACACUGAGGAAGACUGCUGAUGACUUUCUCAAUCGGGUUGCUUUAACAGAUGCCUGCCUUCUUUAUACACCGUCUCAGAUUGCUCUCACUGCCAUCUUGUCCAGCGCAUCGAGGGCAGGAAUUAAUAUGGAAAGUUACUUGUCAGAAUGCUUAAUGCUGAAAGAGAACAAAGCUUCCCUCUCCCAGUUACUGGAUGGGAUGAAAUGCAUGAAAAAUCUGGUAAAGAAAUAUGAGCUACCGCAUCCAGAAGGAGUUGCUCUUCUAAAGCAGAAGUUAGAGAAAUGUCACAGCCCAGAACUUGCUCUUAAUACGAAUGUAAAGAAGAGAAAAGGUUAUGAAGAUGAAGACUACGUAACAAAGAAACCCAAAAUGGAGGAGGAUGAAUGGACAGAUGAUGAUUUCAUAGACUGACUGGAUGUCUCCACAGAUGAAAUCCUGAAUACUUAAAUGGAACUUUAAUGCCUAAGAACAUGUUGCACAUUCCACUACUGCAGUGAAAAAGAUAUAUUACUAAUGUAAAUAAACCAGUUAUUUUACAGUGUGGGUGGAAUAUUUGAAAUUACUUAAAUGGUAUUGCUACAAACUGUCACUGUUCUUUUGGAUUUUAAUUGGCUGUAACCUGUUUUCUGGUAGCAUGUUUUGUAUACCAACUAAAAGCUUAAAAGCAAUGUCAAAAUAUCUAAAAUUUAAGCACCACAUAUCCAUAGGUAUUACUUGAGAUACAUUGGAAUUUUUUGAAAUGCACUAGUUUCUGAUAUUUGUGGUGAUGAGGAAGACAGACUUUCAGGUGGCAAUAGUUCAUCCAUGUCCCUGUUGAAGGUACUACUGGCUUAAUCCUUUGGGCUCAGCCUUUGGCAGAAAAGAACAUCUGGGGAGAGUAGAGUACUUGCUUCAUGGGUUCCUCCUGCUAGUGCUGUUUUCGCAUUGUAUGCAACAGGCUUAACCCCUGAAGGGGUUUGGUUUGCUGGCAGGGUGUGUCAGGUUGGGGGAUUUUAUUCUAGCCUCUUCCUUUUGACACAAAAAAAGAACUUUAUUGUUCAUACUUACGAGCACUGAGACUUGAUCAGAACUGAUUAAACAAAAAAAUAGGAAAAUGCAGGCAAGACAAAUAAUUUUUUUAUCACCUAGAGGCACUGUAUUUUUCUUCUUAGGAAAUAUCCAAAUAUUGAAUCACUAGGCAGAAAAAGCAGCCAGAUGUAUGCUAUAAAACUGUUUAAUAAUGCAUGCAUGCCUAAUACAAUGAUCAAUAAAUUUAUUGAGUUCAAAUUA